CGUAAUGACCUCCCGGAAGUGGGGCAGCGUCAGUCUCUCCGUCCCCGGAAGUGGCUCUGUGUCCCCUGUCAGUCGGAGUCACCAUGGAGGGGUCGGUGUUCUCGGACACUCUCGGUCAGGAGAUCCGGUUGGAGCGACGCUCAUACAGCGAUACGUGCCGGGAAUUCACCCUCCACCGGCCGAAGUUGUCUCUCCGCUCUCUGACUGGCUGGACGUGCUCGGUGUGGGUGAUCGCCUAUCUCCUCUUCCUGCUCUCGGAGGUCACCGCCGUCCUGUCCGCCGCCAUCUUGGUCUCCCUGCUCGGACUUCUCGUCCAUCUUCACGUGUUCCGGGUGGAGGAGGAGAGUCUUCUGGUUCUGGGCUCUCUGGGUCUGCAGAGAACUUCUUUGUUCGGAUCGGGGAGAGAAACUUCCAACUUCCUGGAGAUGUGGAGGAUCCGGGACCUCCUCCUGACCGAGACCGUGUCCGGCUGUGCCGUCCACUACGCUCUGUGUGUUCUGACCCGAGACGGGCAACUCAUCCCUGUGUUCCGGGGGCCACAACCCCGCCUGGACUGUCUGCGGGAGAUCUACCGGAGCGUGCAGGAGGUGCUGAGCCGGGAGCGGCAUUGCGUGUCUCCGCGGUAACCACCGACCUGGCCGCAGGCGUCUCCACGGUAACCACCAACACACAUCUCCACGGUAACCACCGACCUGCCCGCAGACGUCUCCACCAACAUGGCCACAGCAGACGUCUCCACGGUAACCACCAACAUGGCCUCAGACAUCGCCACAGUAACCACCAACACACAUCUCCAUGGUAACCACCAACAUGGUCACAGACGUCUCCACGGUAACCACCGACCUACCUGCAGACGUCUCCACGGUAACCACCGACCUGGCUGCAGGCGUCUCCACGGUAACCACCAACACACAUCUCCACGGUAACCACCAACAUGGUCACAGACGUCUCCACGGUAACCACCGACCUGGCUGCAGGCGUCUCCACGGUAACCACCAACACACAUCUCCAUGGUAACCACCAACAUGGUCACAGACGUCUCCACGGUAACCACCGACCUACCUGCAGACGUCUCCACGGUAACCACCAACAUGGUCACAGACGUCUCCACGGUAACCACCAACCUGGUCACAGACGUCUCCACGGUAACCACCACCACACGUCUCCACGGUAACCACCAACCUAGCCGCAGACGUCUCCAUAGUAACCACUGACCUGGCCGCAGACGUCUCCACGGUAACCACCAACAUGGUCACAGACAUCUCCACCAACCUGGCCUCAAACUUCUCCACGGUAACCACCAACACACGUAUCCGUGGUAAAAACCAACAUGGCCGCUGGUGUCUCCACACUGACCGCCAACAUGGCCACCUGUGAUGUCCGCAGAGGUUUCCAUGGUGAUCACAUGUGAUGUCAUCAGUGCUGAUACUAAAGGUCAAAGAGAGACAAGCAGAGCGCGCCGUGCCGCACGCUACUGGACUCCAUGAUCAGAGACAUGUGGAAGUCGCACGAUUCCAUUCCUGGAUAUGAAUGAUUAUUGGAGGAGAUUUUCUAUAAAUCAGUUUUCUUAUUGACUCCCAGUGUGUGAUUACUACGGGAGGUGUCAGCUGCCAACCUUCUCCCCCUUAUGGGAGGGUCUAAUUACUGUAUGUGCUGGACCAGCUCCUCCCUUCUCCCGGGAGGGUCUAAUUACUGUAUGUGCUGGCCCAGCUCCUCCCU